UAAGGCUGCACGUUGAUCCUGCAAAUGUUCAUAUUUAGAAAGUUUCUGUUCAUGUCCAACUUCAAUUUGCUGGGACUUUGUCACUGAAUGUAAAAAUGGGUGUACAUAAUAAAGAUUUUAUUCUUCAAAGUAAGGCUGAAUUCUUUUCUAUUUUACUUGCAAAAAUAAUAACCGUGUCUGACAAAUCUAUUUGAAACACAAAAUGCAGCUCAGUCUUUUGCAGUUGUCUAAAACUGAGCUUUGGAGAUUUUUUCUUCCUUUACCAUCCUGUUCAUUCCAUCCAUGGUGGUGAGAUAAUUAAAGGUCCUCAAUCAUCCAGUGGUCAAUAUCUGAAAUAAACUUGCUUCUAUCACUUGUGAUAUUUAUACUUUUAUUUGCUAGUAGUACCAACAACUAUACCACCUGUGAUUUUGCAGUAAAAUAAAUAACCUUAAAUAUUUUUUUUUAUUUGCUUAUUUUCCCUUUUAGUGUUUAUUGCUUUUAUUUGAUUGUAGCUAUGAUUAAUUUUCUGUUUUCAUAUUUAAUACUUUUAUUUUGAAGGGACGACGUCCGGUCUAACUGGACUGACCAUAAGUUGUAACGUAGACGAUAAAAUGUAUCUUGUUAGGAGCGGGCCCCUUGAUAGAGGCGCAAGAGUCCCCUAAAAAAGAAGAACAAGAGGAGGAGGCUACCGCUGAACCCGAGGAUCAAUCAGACAGCAGCAGUGAAGACGAAGCUACAGGAGAAGCAGGGAUGGACGUCUUGCGCGGCCUCUUCUCCAGUGUGCUGGGGUUGGGCUCUUCAGAGAAAGUUCUGGAUGAGUUGUCUCUGGAGGGCGUGGCGCGCUACAUAAGCAGCGGCAAAUGUAAAAACAUCAUUUGCAUGGUUGGAGCAGGAAUAUCAACAUCUGCUGGGAUCCCAGAUUUUCGCUCUCCAGAAACGGGUCUCUAUGCAAACCUGCAAAAGUACAACCUGCCUUACCCAGAGGCCAUCUUCCAGAUCGAUUACUUCAAGAAACAUCCAGAACCAUUCUUUGCUUUGGCCAGGGAGCUGUACCCAGGACAGUUUAAGCCCACAAUCUGCCACUACUUCAUAAAGAUGCUGAAGGACAAGGGGGUUCUGAGACGAUGCUACACGCAGAACAUCGACACCCUUGAGCGAGUUGCAGGGCUGGAAGGAGACGAUCUGAUUGAAGCACAUGGAACGUUCUACACCUCUCACUGUGUCAAAUUCCUCUGCAAAAAGGAGUACAACCUGGACUGGAUGAAAGAAAAAAUCUUCUCUGACGAGAUUCCAAAGUGUGAAAAAUGCAGCAGUUUGGUCAAACCAGAUAUUGUGUUUUUUGGAGAGAACCUGCCAACCCGUUUCUUCACUACCAUGAAGAUGGAUUUUCCUCGAUGCGAUCUCCUCAUAGUCAUGGGCACAUCUCUGCAGGUUCAACCGUUUGCAAGUUUAGUCGGCAGGGUUUCAAAAAGUUGCCCCAGGUUGCUCAUUAACAUGGAGAAAACAGGACAGGCAGAUCCUAUGUUGGGGUUGCUUGGCUUUGGAGGAGGGAUGGACUUUGACUCAGAGAAGGCGUACAGAGACGUAGCUCAGAUCAGUACGUGUGAUGACGGCUGCUUGGCUCUCGCUGACUUGCUGGGUUGGAAGGCGGAGCUUGAAGAGCUUGUGAAGAAGGAGCAUGCCAGGAUCGACAGUGAGGACAAGCAGGAGAAUCCCGGAGGAAGCAAAGGAGCUGCAGUCAAAGGAGCUGCAGUCAAAGGAGCUGCAGACAAAGGAGCUGCAGUCAAAGGAGCUGCAGUCAAAGGCACUCCGGCUUCAGCUGAACCCAAAUCCAAAGCAGAGGAGUGACCUGCUUUUAAUUAACAAAACAAAAGCAAUGACAGUUUAAAGCUUAACCAGAGCUUAAUAUAUAAGGAUUUGAUGUUCAGAAAUGAGCCUCUGUUGGGUUUCUCUAAUUGUACAUUCUCAGAUCUGAGGACGGUUCUUUCCCAUAAUUAUACUUUUGUUUAUGUCAGUCAUUUUGCACUUUACUAACUUCUCUAUAUUUUCCACAAGCUUCGUUUUGCCCCAGCUGAAGAUAACAUUUUCCCUCUGAUCGAUUUAAUCUCAUUGUAUGUGGGUUUUAGCCCCCUGUGUUCCUUCUAAGCAUAAAAGACUCUUAAUGAUUGACGUGUGCUGAUGAGCUGCAUUUUAAUGAGAACCGGAUUUGGAUUUGAGAUAACGAGGUUCUGUUAGGUGACCUAACAUUCCCUCCCUGCAAACUAAAAGCAGCUCAUCUGAUAAAGCUGUCACAAUGUUUCCAUCAGCAAAUUAACUUCCUGGUUGGUACAAAUUUAGAUACAUUUGAUAGACAGUUUACUAGAACCUUCACUGGUUUUUACUUUUGUUCAACUUUAAGUCAUUUUAUUUUAAUUGUUUGGUCAUUUAAGCAAAACUAUAAGACAAAUAAUAUUUUUGUGUAAGGUUCAUCUUGGAACAGCAGAAAGAAUUAGAAGCAGUAACCUUUCAGUCGAGCUCUUUGCUGGUUUAAUUUUAAUAGCCAAUAAAUUUAGAUUCAAAGCAACAUAAAAAGAAAAAAAACAGACGUGAUUUGUACGGAAAAAAAGCUGAAUGAGAGAUCUCUGAGAGCAUGAAGCAUUGUGUUAAAAAAAAGUAAAAUACUCAGCUGGACUUAAAUACGUUGACAUGUACUAAUUCUAACAACCAGUGCAAAUUCCUGCAAUAAAUGUUUCCUUUGUUAAACUGA